AUGACUUCUUCAAAGCAAGUGAAAACAGGAGUUUCAUUAUCGUUGUCUCUUUCAGAUCUGCAUACUGCCCGCUUAUCGGAGAUUCACCGCCUGUACAACGACUCUAAGUUGUUCUCGGCUUCUCGCAUCCUAUCAAGCUUAGAAGGAGAAUUAGAAGCGAAUGAUGCCAAAUGCACCACCGCAGAAUUGAAGGCUUUGGAAGCGGCGCUUGCCACUCCUUUUUUUGCGCGACUACGUCGUGAGUGCGAAGAAGCCCAGCAAUUGCGAAUACUUCUGGAAGACCGCCAGGGCUGGACGCUGUCGUACAAUGGCUCUGAAACUCGCGUUUGGUAUCGCCGUGAACCUGGCAUGCAAUCGCACUCUAUUCUAACUGAAGGAAUAAUUCGCGCCCCUCUCUUAAACGUUGCAGCUCUCAUGUAUGAGGCCGAUCUUUACGAACGACUAUUUUGGUACGUAAUAAGUGCAGUUCAGCUUCCGUUACCAGAACCCGGCCGUCUUAAGCGCGCCGCUCAUAUUACUGCGUAUGCUCCGUGGCCACUCUUUAAUCGAGAUAUCGCCUUGAAUGCAUACGCAAUAGACGGACUCGACGAGGAGGAACCCUGUUUCAUGGUAGUUUCUCGCUCGCUUCAAGAACACGACGGAGUCGUAGAACCAGAAAGCGAGAGUAGAGUUGUUAGGGUUCACAUGCAUAACUCUGGCUUCGAGCUUUUGCCUGUUUCACCGGGCGUGGUUACAGCACGAUUCCUGUAUAACAUAGACCCUCAUCUCGCAUUUCUUCCAACGGCAUUGAUAAACUGGGCUGCUAGGACUCUUUGCAGAUGGUCUUUGAGGACGCUCGAAUCACGAGCAAGGGAUUUGAGCAAAAUGCCGAAAGAGUACGAAGAGCGUCUUGCCACCGCUGAGGUAUACGACUACCUCGGCAAGCGAUUGAACGGGUACUGGCUGUCAAAGGGGAUUUCAAAGGAAGACGCUCGGGCACAAGAACAGAGAGCGGCACGAAUAAGUGUCCAGUCUGACAAUUUCAAUCCGGACGAUGCUCCGUCUGGGCCGCCUACAUCCGUAAUGACGUCAAUGGUACGCGGCGAGCCCAGCGGCCAACCCUCCCGUAUCAAGAAGUCUUUGGCGCGAUUAUGGCAGAGCGGGAACGCACAUUGA